UUUUCUUCGAUAACCUACUAAACCUAUCAUUAACUAAAUUAACCAAAAUGGCGGAGGAAUAUUAUAAACCAUUUUCUUUGUCCAAGGACCAUCUUAGACGUGAUGUCGCUUCUUCAUGAAGUGGCUAUGUCAAGAAUAAACGCGAUAUUUUAGGAAGUUUAACAUAAGCACAGGAUGGCAUUGUUCACUAUAGAGCAAAUCGAGCUCAUCCGGCGACUGCGGAACAGCGGGAUCUCCAAGGACCAACUUGUGCGGGCGUUUGACUCCAUGGAGAGGUUAGACAGGGAACUGGGACCAGCGUACAGCACACCAGCACAGAACAAUUUCUCCGCAAUAUCAAGCCUCUCAUCGCCCAGAGUAAACCACAGUUCCCCGCCAGUGGGGAUGCCCCCAUCGUCACAAAACCAGUCCCAAAAUGGCAGCAUACCAGUGAUGGAGAGAAGUUUCAGUAUUCAGAGUCAGGGCUCCCAGGAUGGCCCUUUGUCUUUAGUGAAUGGAGGAGGAGAUAUCAAGGACAGCAUUAACUUUAAGCUUACUCCAUCCAGCCCCAUUAUCGAUGAAAUUCCAGAUAACAGCGAGGAGCUGUUAGAACUUCUAAGCAAAAGUGAACCGUACAUCCAUGAGGAGAUCAAGCAGUUUAUCUCUAGACACAAUAUUAAACAGCAUGCGGUGGCCACUAUAGCAGGUCUCAGCCAGGCAUAUGUGAGCAGGUUUUACAGAGGAGAGACGGGCGAGAUGUCCGACAGGAGCAAGAAGGCAAUCUACAAGUCAUACCUCCAGUUGAAGAAAAACCCAGCUUUAGCCAUGCUUGUGCCUCCAGCUUUUGUUCAAAACCGUACCCCAGGGCGACCCCCUUCCCUAGCUGAACCACAAGACUUUUCUUUCUCUGGGCGUCGGGAGAGAUUCACGUUUCGCCCUGCUCAUCUGGAGAUUCUUGAGGGUUACUACCAGCGGGACAGCUACCCCAGCGUGGAGAGAAGAGAAGACAUAGCUAAUGAGUGCAAUAGAGUAGCACCUGUUCAUGGAAGAGAAGUUACUCUGCAGAACGUCACCAACUGGUUUGCAAAUAAAAGGAAAGAGAUGAAAAGACUUGCCAUGGAGGAGGGUCUUGACCUAAACACGCUAGGAUUCCGAGGCAAAGGAAGACCCAACAUGGCCGUUCUUAGCAUGAUGAAACAAGAUAGUGCCAGGUCACCUGACCAAAACAGUGACCAAUCACAUGAAAGCAAUUCAGAGUCUGGGCCCCAGGACCUGUCGCAGAAUGAUUCCACUAAUGACGCAGAGCAGCUAUCGAUGGCAGUGGAAAUAGCUGCAGUGAACCAAGCCAUUUUGUCCCUGUCCGGAAAGGUCCAUCAGACAAAACCACCAGUUGUUAAGAUGGAGAAUGAAGAGACAUGAGAAAGGCACUUCUGGCCAUGUAAGACAUUGAAUUAAGUCCCCCCUCCUGUUUCACCCCAUGUGGUGGCUGACCAUUGUUGCAGUUGUCAGAUCAGAUACAUUGUAUCAAAAAGUAGGGUCAUGUUUUCAACCUGGUCAAUACAAACCAACCUGUUCCAGCCUUCUUUUGAGUUAUGUAUUGUGUUGGCUCCACCAAAGAACAUUUAUAAAAGAACACAGACAUAAAACAAUCUCUAAGAGUUAUCCAGUUUUGUAUGGUCUGAUACAAUACCUAACAAUUUUUAAACCUAGUUCUUUAAGUAGCAGUUGUUAUAAAACCCAACUACUGUAUCUCUUGCUUACCAAAGGAGAGAAAAAUGGUCAUGUUUAACCUUCUAAGUUGUCAGUGGUGGAAAGCUGUCUUCUUUGAGUUGAAAUAGGUUGUAUAUAAAUAACUAGAGAAGACGCCCAAUAAUUCCAAAACUUGCCAUGACGUUUUUACAUCAUGGUCAUAGUAGUCGUGGUUGUAGAUUUAGUGUGGAAGCAACCAAGUUUGAUGUUUUGUAUAUGGUGUAGCUGUGUAGAAAACAAGGUGCUGCAAAACUUUUGAAACUGGAUGUUAGUUUUCGUCAAUUUUUUGUUUGACAAAUGAUAUGGUCAUUAAUAAGACAUAGUAUUUUCUUUACUUAAGUAUUUGUAUGGAAGUCUUGUCAUAUGGUAUAUCAGAUAGAUAGUACACAAUGUAUUAGUGAACACUUAGGUUUCUUUACAGGUGAAGUAAAGUAGUUAAGAUGAAGGAGCAAUACCAAGAAUACAAAAUGGGCAGUUGAAGGUGCCUUACACUAUAGUUUUACAUUAAUAGGGAUGGGAGUGUGAGGUUGAGUUUUUAUUAUAUCCUUAAAGAAAUCUUGCCUUAUAUUUCACUGAAAAUGUGGUAAUCUUCAGAUAUGUUAUUCAAGUCAAGUUUCCAGUAAAGAUAGAACAGUUCUAAAUGUGACCAUUCUUUUCAUGCUGACUGAUAUAGGAGGUUUACCAGGGGAAACAAGGAUUGUCUCUCUGUUCUGCUACCUUCAUACCUGUGGCAUGGGGGUAUACAUAUGGGAAUAGAGGAAAAACC